CGGCUGCUCCGACCUGACAGCGAGACCCCGGGAGCCCCGUUUUCCCGCUGAGUCUCUGAGUCGACAGCAUCCGCACGUCCCGGGAGACCGCACUCGGUCUUCCAGAUCCAGCUCGGCCGAUCUUUCCCGGAAAGUCCCGAGCGCAGGGAGGGACAGGGUGUCUCGGGAGUCGUGGGAGGCAACCACCGAGAGCGCUUCCUAGACCGCCCAGGAAGUGGCCCUGGUCCCCGGUUCCCCGCGCCCGCCUCCACUUCUCGCUUCUAUUGAGGGGGCGGCCGUGGGGACCCUCGCCGCAGGGCUCGGGACGGGAUGUCUGGGGACCCCUGUGGAGGCGCGGGGCUGCUGCCAGUGAAGGAGGAGCAGGAGGACCUGGAGGAGGCGGCGCCCUGCAACCCGCGGCCCGAGCGCGCCCGUCGCCGCUUCCGCGCCUUCCGCUACCGCGAGGCCUCCGGGCCCCGGGAGGCGCUGCGCCGGCUCCGCGAGCUCUGCCGCCAGUGGCUGCGGCCGGAGACCCGCAGCAAGGAGCAGAUCCUGGAGCUGCUGGUGCUGGAGCAGUUCCUGGCCGUCCUGCCCGGGCAGCUGCAGGCCUGGGUGCGCACGCAGCACCCGGCGAGCGCAGAGCAGGCGGUGGCGCUGCUGGAGCGCGUGCCGCGGAGGCGCGAGGAGCCGCAGGUAGAGCCGGGCUCGGAGGCUUGGCCGGGCCGGGCCGCCGAACAUCCGCCCUCAUUGCCGAGGGUCUUGGUGAGCUGUCUACACACAGCCUCAGUUUCCCAGCCACGAAAUUCCAGCGCGCAGGGUUGUCUGCAUUCAGUCCCGCUUGACUGGGGACAAGCACUUUCGUGUUGCAAGGCGAGACUGGUGACAGCGGCCCAGAGGUCACCGAGCAGCCGAGUCCAGGCAGGGAAGCCUCUGCUCAGGCAUGACUCUCGGGCAUCCCGGCCCUCACGAGACACAGUUCUCCAGGUCCCUGGGUUUGCUCAGGGAGGCAGAUGCAAAGAAGAUGCCAUGGCAGCUGCCAAAUCUGCUGUAGAGUCCCAGGAGUUCCUCCAAACGGAAGGCGUGGCCCUGAUGCUCUCUCCUGGGUGGACACAGCUGAGUCCUUCUCCAGUGAAAUUCUGCAGAGAUGAAAGUCAGGGGAGCUGUGGCCACCCCGGCUCCCUAGGUGGUGAAAUGCAGGCUAAGAUCAGGGGCUUGUCUCCAGCUGAGGAGCAUCCAGGACAAGAUCCUGGGCGGACUCCCUGCCACCUGGGUGAGGACACUGCCCAGGAUCCUGCUUGUGCUGAAGCUGGCAAACAGGAAGACAGGUUACAAAGAAAGCAGAAAAAUGCUCCAGCGAGCAGGCGGCAUGUUUGCUACGAAUGUGGAAAGAGUUUUGCUCAAAGUUCAGGUCUGACCAAGCACAGGAGGAUCCACACCGGAGAGAAACCCUACGAGUGUGAAGACUGUGGGAAGACCUUCAUCGGGAGCUCUGCCCUGGUCAUUCACCAGAGAGUCCACACAGGAGAGAAGCCAUAUGAAUGUGAAGAGUGUGGGAAGGUCUUCAGUCACAGCUCAAACCUUAUCAAACACCAGAGAACACACACGGGAGAGAAGCCCUACGAGUGUGAGAACUGUGGGAAAACCUUCAGCCAGAGCUGCAGCCUCCUUGAACAUCACAGAAUUCACACUGGAGAGAAGCCAUACCAGUGUAGCAUGUGUGGCAAAGCCUUUAGGCGCAAUUCACAUCUCCAGAGACACCAGAGGAUCCAUGGUGACAGGAGUGAGCUUGGAGAGGCCUGGAUAGGUAAGGCCAAGAUGGAAAGCCAGUGGGAAAAUGCUGAAACUUCUGUGUCUUAUAAAUGUAAUGAGUGUGAGAGAAGUUUCACUCAAAAUAGAAGUCUUAUUGAACAUCAAAAAAUCCACACUGGGGAGAAACCUUAUCAGUGUGAUGCAUGUGGAAAAGGCUUCACCCGAACUUCAUACCUCACUCAACAUCAGAGAAGUCACGUAGGCAAAAAACUUCUGUCACAGUGACUCAUUGUAUGCAUAGCAAAGUUGGUGUUCUUUUCUCAUUGAAUUGAACCCACCUGGAACCUUGCUGGCUACAGAAGUUUUGGGUGGGAUUUUUUAGGGAAUGGGGAUGGGGAUGUUACCAGGACCUCUGCCUUGGGUCCCGGCUUGUGAGCCACCACAGCACAAGGUGAAUUCAAGAACAGACAGAAAUGAGACAGUGGAGAAGCUGAGUCUUGGGGCCUAGUCAGUGCUGCUAAUGGCGGCAAAGACAAAAGCCCCCAAGCACACCCAGUGUUUACUGAAUACAAUGGUGGGAAGGAAUAUGGAGCCGGGUAUGCUUUGAAGGCAUCUAGUGAAACACUGCCAAACACCUGGCAUGAUGGUGCCAAGUAGGGCUGUCAGGGAGGAAGCAGGGUUUAUCUUGCUUGGAUAGAACAAACUGAUACCAGGACCAGGUGCAAUUAGCAAGCAACCCAGAGGGUCAGUGAGAAGCCGUAGUUCAGGGGAAAGGGUUUUAAUUGGAGUCACACCGACCUCAGCUGCACGUAACUCAGCAGAGUCCUGCCACUUCACAGACCAGGGCCUAGGUUUCUGUGGCAGCCAUUGAGGGAGGGGCCAUACUCACCAGUCCGCCAUUGGACACGUCCGUUUGAGUCAUGUAGGGCUUCAAUCUGACUCCUGAUAUAAAACAAUAUAGCCGAUUUAUGGAAGGCAAAAAACACAUGCCACUCAUAGCCCACAAGUACUGGGCAGGGAUGUCUCCUACAGGGUUUUGUUUACUAAUGUGUAUCAUCAGGUAUUAGAAAAGUCAUUCUAGCUGAGAUGAAUUAUCAUCUACAUUUUAAAAGGUGAUUGGAACAACACUUGACGAGAGAGCAUGAGAAUAUUGUCUGGAAGAGGUAGAACCUGAGGUGUUUUGUUCUCACCUGUCCGAUUGCGUUGGGCUUUCAGAAUGACUAGUUGCCUUCGACCAGCACUUUUUUCUCUUGGAUGGAUGGCUGUCGAUUUUUGGGGCUGCUGUUCUUCCCAUUCCUUUUGCCAGUAAUGAAUCCUUCAUGAGUUGGUCAGACUGAGGAGGUCUUUCACUUGUCACUGUGCCUUGCAUAUAGGUGCUAAUUAAACAUUUACUAAACAUCUCAUAAAAUGACUUUUAAAGCUCUGAAAAUCUGUCUCUACGUUUCUGAGGAAUUUCUAAGGCCAUGUGUUUGUAUCUAAUUCUCUGAAAUUCUAGAAUCUGGGUCCAGCUGAGCCAAGUAUGCAGGGUUCCCAGAGUUGGGGUGGGAAUCUACACUUCUCCACGAGGGUAGCACAGCAAGGGAAGGCCUUUAGGCAUAAUUGUCAAUCACUGAGACCCUUCGAGACAGCUCUAGUCAUUGAACUCUUAUUAGUACACAUGAAGUUUGCUGUUCCUUAAAGGGAAAUCUUUCACAUAAUUAAAACUCAGUGUAUUAAGUCAGGUCAAAGUGAUUAUGAAUUUUGUUGUAAAUUCUGUAAUGCUCCACAUCUCACUUUUCACCCGUUUUUGGCCUGGCUGGGUUCUAAGACACCAUUUGUAUCAGUCUCCCAGCUUUCAGCAAGCUGCAUCAGCUUUUGCUAGCUGACCCUAACCUUCCUCCAGGUCAGAGGAGUCCCAGCACAUAUUUAUAGUUAUCAUUCAUGACUUCAAAACUGUACUGUGGGUUGGAAUAUGAAGAUAGGUAAGCAGCAGCUGAUGUAAGUAGAAACCCAAGUGUGGGUGGUAGGAGAAAAUGUAUCUGUUCAGAAGCACACUGAGAAUCCCAGUUUUCUGAGGAAAGAACUCCACAGUAUCCAAAAUGUCAACAUCUGAAAUCAAGAGUCAGUGCUGUGUUAAUCAUAAGAAAUAAGACUUUCAUGAUAUCCCCCAUUUUUCACCCAAAUCACCUGUAUUUUGAAGACUAGUGUCUUCUCCCCAGGUGCUUGAGUACAUAUCGUCAGCCUCCAGCCUUGCCAGACUGUCUUGAAUGGAUUCUGCUUCUGAAGAAAUCCAUGACAAUGUUUUAUUCUGUCAACAGCCAGUGUUCAUCUCUCUUUUCAAGGACCCAUUCUAGGUUUCUGCUCCGAAGCAUCACAGGCUGAUUCGGGUCUCGGAACCAAAGGGCUCUCCCUUUCAAAGCGCCCUGUAAUGCUUCAUUAUCCCCUCAUUUCAGUCUAAUUUAAAUCUUCUUUAGCUUCCCAAAGUUCCUCAACUUUCUCCACAUAGCCUUUUAACAUUUCCUUUUUACUUUUGCUACCUCUGCAGUUAGCCAUUUCCUUUUCUCUCCUUUAUUCUCCCCUUUAAAUCUUUACUUUUGAAAAAUAUUUCCCAAUAUCCCUGAUCAUAAGCAUUCCAACGCACUGUGGACUAGCAACUCUGCUCAUUUUUCUUUGCUAUUGUUUUUGCUAUUACAUGAAGAGAUACAUGUGAAAGCAUUUUACAAACCAGAAAACAUCAUACAAGUAUAACUUACUUAUACAUUAUUACUUAUACAUACAUCAUUACUCAUACAUUAAAACCUUUAACUAUUUUCUCCCUUUCUUUUUUCACACUAAUUCUCCUCAUCCACUUUGUGAGCCUGGGAACAGGCUUUGUAGCCUUGUAGAAUACCUGUAUGCAGACAAGACACAGAAGGCUGACGUACCACUGAUGCAAGAGGUACACCUGUCUCACGCUAUUAUCUUCAGAAUCUUCCAGGUAAAUUAUUUAAUCUGGAAGUUGACUGAGUCAGCUUGUUCUUUUGUGUUAUUGAAAUAAAUCAGGGUUUCUUGGUACUUAUUGAUGGAAUCCUAAGAGGGCGCUUAGUCACCAGGACUGCUCGAAGUACUCUGAACCUGAGUCAACAUUUGCAUUUUUUUUCAAAAUUACCUAAAGGAGGAAGAUUUGUAAGUAAAACAAAAUGGGCCAUAAGUUGGUAACUAUUAAAGCUGGGUGAUGAGUACAUGGGGUUUCACUAUGCUACUCCACUUUUGUUUACAUUUUCCAUAAAAGAUUUAAAUCAUAUAAUCCCCAGUUCUAACAAGAUUUGAAUUCUCAGUAUAAUACACUUAGGACUUACUAAAAACAGUGUAAAAUCAAGUUGUGUCUCCGGAGUUGUUCCAAGUAUUUUCACUGCCAUCUCUUGGGAAGCCUCCAAAUAGUCAAAGAAAUUAAAGAAAAAAGAUAAGACUGAGGCUUUGGUAGAGAAAUCAUAAAAGGAAUUAAGGGACAGAAAGCAAAGAGAACCUGUGGGCCGGGCAUGGGGGUGCACGCCUGUAAUCCCAGCACUUUGGAGACUGAGGCAGGAGGAUCUUCGUAAAUUGAAGGCCAGCCUGGGCUACAUAGUGAGCUCAAGGCCAUCCUCAACUACAUAGCAAGACCCUGCCUCAAAAAACAACAACAACACAAAGAGACCCUGUAAGACCCUCAAGCCUCAAGUCUUGUUCUCGUCCUAAGGAGCUAAGAUUCCUCCUUCCCAUAAGUAGGUAAGCAAAGAGCCUCUUUUGGGAGGUUUGAGAACACUCAAGGCUACAGAACUCUUCUUUGAUUUUAAAGAUCUAUAGAUAGCAGCCAGGGAUGUUGCUCAGUGGCACCAUGCCUGCCAGGCAAUUGCAAGAUCCUGAGUUUGAUCCCAGAUACUGAAGGGAAAAAAAAAAAGAUCUAUAGAGUAAGGAAAUGUUUUUCUCCAGACCUAAACCAACCAAAAGAAAAGAAAGAGAAAGAAAGAUUUCUGCUAGCAGCUUAGGUAGCAUAUUAAUCUCAACAGUAAUUCAAUUCUUGGACGUGGUCUAGUAUUUCGGAUACUGGUGAUUUUAUAUAACAUCGAAGAUAUGAUAAAAAAGCACUAAGAGAUUUUUAGGCAGCUAAGCUUAAAUGAGGAAAAUGAUAAUGCCAGUAUGAAGCAUAACAUCUUAAAGAGACUGGGAUUUGUGAUUAAAAAGCCAAAUGUUUAAAAAGACGUGACAUAAGAACAUUAGAAACGGGGUGAAGGGCAUACAAGAACUCUUAUUUUUGCAACUUUGUUUUGUUUUGUUUUCCAUUACUGGGGAUUGAACUCAGGACCUUGUGCUUGCGAAGCAGGUGCGGUGCCACUGAGCUAAAUCCCCAGCCUGCUCUUUGCAACUGUUUAAGUCUAAAAAUAUUUCAAAAUAUAAAGGCUACUGGAAAUAAAAUCUUAAGUUUCAA